AUGCAGAUGUGGCAUUUGUGGGACCUAUUUUUUAAUUCAUGUAGGAUUCUCUCUCCCGAUUUCUUCCCCCCACCCAAUUUCUUCUCCACCACCACCCAGAUUUCGUCGGCUUGGUUCAAUGAAGCAAUUGAAGGAUGCAUAGGGGUCUUCCAUGUUGCUCACCCCGUGCAUACCAAAGAACUUGAUCAAGAAGCAGUGACCAAAAAAGCUGUCCAAGGAGCCCUAGGCAUAUUGAAAGCCUGCCUAAAUUCCAAGACUGUGAAGAGGGUUGUGUACACUUCUAGCGCAUCAACUGUGGCUUACAGUGGCAGCAGCCAAGACUUGGUGGAUAAGAGCUCAUGGAGUGAUAUUGAAUUUCAUAGGUCUCUUAAAAUAUUUGGAACUUCAUAUGUUGCUGCCAAGACCAAAACAGAGCAAGCUAUCCUGGAAUUUGUAGAAAUUGGGUGGGGGAAGAAAUCCGGGGUUGAAAUCUUUUGGGGGGGGGUGGGGAGGGUGUUGUUGGGAAGAAGUUGGGAGGAAGGGAGAAUCUGGGUCGGGUUUUUAUUUUAA